UAUUACUCUUAUUUACAAACACAUUUCUAGUCCAGUUUUAUAUUUUUAUUUUUGCUUAGUUCUUGCUCUUGCCACCUUCUUUUCACAGCCUGUCAAAGCUUUUUGAAAUUUAUUAACAUUUCCAUGGCUUUAACAAAGAGAAGAUUUGUUUGGGGGAGUGAUGUUUUAGAUAACUCCGUCCAUUAAAAAAAAAAAAAGGGUUUCAUGAUCGUUGGCUGUUCUACUUUGGGUGUUGUUUGGAUUUUGCAUUUUGAUUACAAGAUACAAAGAUCAUCUAUGCUCUUUUGAGCUUUGAAGAAUAUGUUGGAUGAAUAUAAAGCCUCUUUGAAGAAACUUUUUUCUUUCAGGCAAUGGGAACCGAACUUGAGCACUGUGGUAUAAACCCAAUAAUAGGAAGCUCAGAAAGUAAUUCCAUGGAAAUUAGGGUUAAUAACAUGGAAUCCAUCAAAGAGACGAUGCAAAUGCAUGAAGACAUGUUCCAACACCAGGUACGGGAACUUCAUCGGGUGUACAGCGUUCAAAAGGCACUAAUGGAGGAACUGAAGAAGGGGAUUAAAUCAAACAGGUUGUGGGCAACUCCAAUGGUUACCUCUUCUCAUAUCAGCCAAUCCCAACUCAUUAACCACCACCAGCAUUCAACAACACCGCUGCAAAUUACCUGUGGGUACAACCCCAAUCUCGAAGCUGAUCCGAGCUUAAGGGAAAGGACUAGCGGUUGCUCCGGCGAUCACAUUCACGCCAUGAAAUUGGCCAAGGGAUUCGACCUGGAGAGACCGGCCGGGGAAAACUCGGAUGAAGAUAGUGAAGUUGAACUCACACUGAGUAUCGGCGGUGCAAGCAAGAAGAAGAAGUCAAAAGGUGGGGAAAUUAGUAAUAGGGGUUCGUUUAAAUCAGAGAGUGGAGAUGAUUUCAUUGGUCCCAACACUCCUCCAUUGUUGAGUUUUCCAUGGCUUAAGCAUAAACAGGACUUACACUUACCUCUGAACAAUAUUUAAUUUUCCUUUUGUCUUUUUCACUUUCUCUUAAUUAGUUUGUAUUGUAAGUUUUGUAUCAUUCAUAGAUAAAAUCCAAUUAAAUUUCUUCCUUUUUGGUACAAUCAAA